AUGCUAGUAACUCCAGAGGAAGAAGCCGACGAUGAUGGCGUUCACACUCCCAAUAUAGACGACAACCGGCCUCUUGCCCGCCACGACUCGUCCAGCUCCAGCAACCUCAAUCCAAUUCACGACUACGGCGGAGAAAACGGUCGCGCCGACGAGGACGACGAACAAGGCUACUCAUCCGCGUCUGCUUCCGGGUCGGGCUCAGAAGCAGAAGAAGAAGAGGAAGAAGAAGAAGAAGAAGACGAUGGCGACGGCGACGGCGAUAGCGGGCGCCCCCCGCAACAACCCUUCAGCCAACACGCGUUCGCGCCCCCCUUCUACGGCCGCCCGCCAACGCCUCUGCCCCCAUCCCCGUCGCUGACCUCCCUUCUGCGCCCGUCGCGCCCCACGACCCCCGACGCGUCCGACGACGACGGCCACGGCGGCGCCGGCAGCACCACGGCGGGGGGCAGCCAGGCGGCGCCGGGCGAGCCGCUGCCGCGCGCGCGGCCCAAGGUGCCGACGUACGAGUACUACGGCUUCGUGCUGUACCUGCUCAGCUCGCUCACCUUCCUCAUCUACCUCCUCUGGAGCUACCUGCCCUCGCCCUUCCUGCACGCGCUGGGCAUCUACUACUACCCGAACCGGUGGUGGUCCCUGGCCAUCCCCAGCUUCCUCGUCAUGCUGCUCGUCUACAUCUACGUCGCGCUGGCCGCCUACAACACCGAGAUCCUGACCCUGCCCCUCAACAGCGUCGAGACCAUCGUGGACGAGGCUGCCAAUGUGGCCGUCGUGGAUUCCAAGGGGAGGAUCAUCAGGGGAGACAAGAGACGUCGAGAAGGAGGAGGAGGAGGAGGAGGAGGAGGGGGAGGAGGAGGAGGGGGUGGUGGUGGUAGAAGGGGGAGGAGGGGGACAGUAACGAGAGAGGGGGUGGCUGUGGCUGCGGCCGCGGCUGCAGCAGCAGCAACACCAGCGCCAGGGGACGGGGCCAAGUUGAAUUGGAGGGAGGUCUGGAACGAGGGGACGGAUGCCGUAAUGGACGUGCCUUUGGCGGGUGUCUGUGAGGUGCUGUAUGGCGAAGGGAGGGACUAUGACAGUGACUUGGAAGAUGAGGAUGUGAUAAUCACGAGGAUAUAA